CACAUUUCGAAACAUGUUGAUCGUUGUUUUAGUUUGGUGGCUCAAAUUUUAGGAGGAGUGGAAGUGGGUUGGCACCCCUGAAGCAAACAUGAAUUUGGAUUUUUACACAAUAUUAGUUGAGUCUUAAUUAUAUUUAAAAAUUCCAAACAUGGCUUCAGAAAGCGAGGAAAUUCUAAUUGAAGACUCGGAUGACUCCCUACUUGAUAUCAAAGAGUUAAAUGACUUGGAAUUUGAUAUUCCUCAUGUUGCGGCUCCCUCGCUGGAAAGCGUCCUUUGGGACAUGGAAUCAGAAGAAGGGAGUGACAGUGCCUCUCUGCAAUCAUUUCAAAGUAUGACCACUAAAUUUCGGUCUAUGUUGUGUCACCGUAUUUUGCAAGGGGUUUCGACCCAGUUGACGUCGGCAGGGGAACGGGUUGGUGCUGGUUUACCAACUGUCAUAACAAAUAGUCUGAAAUACGUAGCAAUAGGAACUUCUCAUGGAUAUGUUUUAAACUUUGAUUCAGAACAGAAUCUUUGUUGGUGCUGUUAUGACCCUAAUUUUAGUGAUCAGGGAGCUGUAUCAGCUUUAGCCUUUAAUCUAGAUUCCACAAGACUUCUUAUAGGGUACGAACGUGGCUUUAUUUCAAUGGUGGAUACGGCGACCGGAGACGUAAUAAGGAAAAUGCCCGAUGCCCACGCCCCACAAACGGCCGUUUUACAUCUCCGUUUUACUUUUCUCAACAACCUAGCCCUUUGUGGUGACUCUUCUGGGUGCGUUUUCUCUCUUUCGUUCAACCGCAGACUGGGUGUGCGUAGUUGGGACUCCAAAUGUCUCUUCUCGGGUGCUCGAGGCGAAGUAUGCGUUUUCGAACCUCUUGUACAAGGACACGAUAUCCACUUCCUUAGUCGUCAUAUUCUAGUGGCAAUGGCAACUUUAUCCAAAGUAAUAGUAAUAUCGAUCCGACCCCGCCUCAAAGUCCUCUUCUCCCAGCCCCUUCCACGAGUCUCCACCUCCCUCCCCCUAAUCUCCUGGCAGUUGGUGUCCGUGGGGCGGACGUUCCAACCUGUCCUUGCGUGGGGGCGCAGCAGCGAACUCAACUACACAAGAGUGGUUCUGCAUGCCACCAAUAACAACAGAGUCAGACUUCUUCCGUUGCGAACCGUUCAGUUAAACUACACGCUCACGGCCAUGCACUGGCUCGGAACCAGGCACUUGGCCCUCUUGGACAUCAACGAGAACCUGCGAUUGGUGGAGGUUCGGACACAAACGGAAUUGGAAAUUCUGGAAUUGGGCAACGCGGGCUUAGUCUACAGUUCCGCCCACUUCAAGGCGCUGGCCGUGGGGGGCGGGGUCAGCGAAGCGUUCGCCUUGGCCGGGGAAAGGGCGUGCUACAACAGUCUGUCUAGUCGCGGGGAUCAGUUGCUAGUUUUGGGUACGAAGGCUGUGCAUUUGAUAAAAUUAAGGACGUGGCCGGAGCGGCUGUUGUAUCUCAGUGAGCAGGGGCGGUGGGCGGAGGCACUGAAUCUGGCAGCCGAAGAGGGGAUGAAUAGAGAAAUUUUCACUUCCACGCUGUUGAAGAAAUACCUGGAGAAUCUCAACCAGAAUACCGUGGAUAAAGAUAGUCUGACGGCGGCGGUCAACUGCUGCGUAAAGCUGAAUAAAACUGAUAUCCUCUGCAACGAGCUCCUCGAAGCCGUCUCCAGUGAUCAAAGCAACCAAGACUGGUACUACACCCUCUUGACCGACCACAUUAACAACGGCCUCCUUAGAACCACCAGCCCUGCUGUGGCCCAAACCCUCGUGAGUUAUCUCGAAAAGAAAGACUCCCAAGCUCUAGAAAACGUCCUUCUUUCGCUGGACAUAACCUGUCUGGACCUGCACCAGGCGCUCAGUAUAUGCAAAAAGCGCAAGCUUUACGACGCCUGGAUCCACAUCACCACGAAAACAAUAGGCGACUACGCUAGCCCUCUGACGGAAUUUUUGUGUGAACUUACCUCGGAUAACCAUCGCCUGGGGAAUACCAUUUUGGUGUACGUGUCAUCGUGUCUGGCCGGUUUGGGGUACCCCAGCGGUCAGAUCCCCGAGAAGGAUGUCCCGAGGGCAAAGCACGAGGUGCUAAGGUGUCUUGAAACGGCCCACUCCAUCAAGGGAACGGAAGAUGAGCAGAGCUAUCCCUACAUGCGCGCACUGCUCAAGUUCAGUAUUAGAGAGUUCUUGAAUGUGGUGGGGUUGGCCUUCACGGAAGUGGAGUUCUCGGGGGAGAUGGGGCUGCUGCAAAGGCAGCGCUUGGUUCAGAUUCUUAUGCAAAUUGUGAGACCGCCCGAAUUUUCGGCAGGUCAAAUUAUUAAUCUAGCGUGCUUUAUCACGAGAUUGGUGACUUCGAACAACUUGAACAUCGACGAAGGCAUGCUGGACGUAGUGGUGAGAUCGCUGACGGAUGUCAUGGACCAGCCGCUGAGUCUGAGGGACCACGGCGAGAGGGAGCAGGCGUGGUUAGAUUUGCUCAACGCUGGGAAACUGAGGCACUUGUCCAGCGACGACUUGUUAAAGCUGGCGCUGGACUCCAGGUGCUACAGGGUGGCCGAAUACCUCUACGAGGCACAUAACGACUACUCAAAUGUCCUCACGUGCUAUUUGCGAGACCCGGUGCGCAAAUCCGACGUUUUUAACUACAUUCUGAACUACAUCAGUGACAAGGAGCGGUGCGUGGAGCAACAAUUUCUUGUCAAUUUCAAAGACUUAGUAGCUGCGGAUAGCAAGAAAACUAGCGAGAUAGUCGUAGAACACUUCCCUGAACUCGUAGUACAGUUAAGUAGGAUCGUCGAGGGUACCCCCGAUUUGCACCACUCGUUUUUAAAAGGGAUAGUUUCAAGCGACAUGAAACUACCUCCGGAACUCGCAGAGGCGUACCUCGAACUACUAUGCAUCAAAGACAGAAAGGAAGUUUGCGGGUACGUUCAGGUGAGCUCUUGCAGGGUGGAAGAAGCAUUAAAAAUCACGAGGAAGUACGAAGUUCACCCCGCCACAGCUCUUCUUCUGGAACAAGGAGGGGAGUGGAUGGAAGCCUUGGAGUUGCUAUUGCAACACGACAUGGUGGACGACGGCGUUAGUUUGUGUAUUCGCGGAGCUGAGCACUUGGACUCCGACGGGGCACAGAAGCUGUGGCUUAUGUUGUUGCAACACCACAAGAGCACAAAGACGAUGUCGUUGAGGCAGUUGUUGCAUGCGGCCGCCCCCCACGUACCGCCAGCGCAACUGUUGAAUCUAGUCUCUGAUGCCAGUUUCGGUGAUGUUAAACUGCUGCUGCAAGGGAUGCUGAUCGACUAUGUACAUGACGUGCAGGUGUUCAGCACCACGCUGAGGCUCCUAAGCAAGGAUCUGCAUCACGAAUUAGCGAAAUCACUCUGUCUGCACGGGCGAGGCGUUUCCGUGUCCUGCGUCAGCUGCAGAUUAUGCCAUAAACCGCUAUCCAAAGAUAUCGGGAACGAACAGUCAAUUGCUGUAUGGGGCUGUGGGCAUUGCUUUCACGUGGCAUGCCUGAAGAUGACUGAAACUGAAACGGCGUGUCCUCAGUGCAGGAUGACGGCCAGUCAAAUUCCAACGAGAAAAAUUUUCGGUAAGAAACACGCAAGUGAGGCGAAAACACACGCAAGGCCUGAUUUAGAGGGGCACUUUUAAGUACUAGUCUUGUAUUAGGUUUUUAAACAUUUCAUCAACUUCCUUCACUCAUUCGUCAUACUGAAUGCAAUUUCUUUUACUACCUGCAAUGUAAUGCUGUUGUAUAAAUUUGUGAUAUUUAUAUUUUUAUUAUUUGUACAAAUAAAAUAUAUACAUGUUUCAACA